GCCCCUCCGUCCGAGCGGAGCAGCCCAAAGUGCGAGCGCGCGGAGCCGCUGCCGCCCGCCUCUGCCCCGCUUGCCGACGGGGCGUGUGGCUCGGCUCGGGGCUCGGCGCGGCCGCCCUCCCGCGGAGCCAGAUGUGCGACCUGCUCGACUCGCAGCCCGCCGCCGAGAAGAAGCUCAGCAGGAUGAAAAAGUUGCGGCGAACUUUGUCGGAGAGUUUCGGCAGAAUCGCCUUGAAGAAAGAUGAUAAUGGCUUUGAUGAGAUAUGUGUCACAAAGAUGUCUACACGGAACUGCCAAGGAAUGGAUUCUGUGGUCAAACCCCUGGACACAAUUCCAGAGGACAAAAAAGUCAGGGUUCAGAGGACACAAAGCACUUUUGAUCCCUUUGAGAAGCCAAAUAAUCAAGUGAAGAGGGUCCAUUCAGAGAACAAUGCCUGCAUUAACUUUAAGACUUCAUCUACUGGGAAGGAAUCUCCAAAAAUCAGGCGGCAUUCCAGCCCUAGCUCUCCAACAAGUCCCAAGUUUGGAAAAGCAGACUCUUAUGAAAAACUAGAAAAGCUGGGGGAAGGUUCAUAUGCCACAGUAUAUAAAGGCAAAAGCAAGGUAAAUGGCAAACUGGUGGCACUGAAAGUGAUUAGACUUCAAGAAGAGGAAGGUACCCCAUUUACAGCCAUCAGAGAAGCUUCUCUUUUGAAAGGCCUAAAACAUACGAAUAUUGUGCUGCUUCAUGAUAUCAUCCACACCAAGGAGACACUGACACUGGUAUUUGAGUUUGUGCACACUGAUUUAUGUCAGUACAUGGACAAACAUCCUGGAGGACUCCAUCCAGACAAUGUGAAGUUAUUUUUAUUUCAAUUGCUGCGAGGGCUGUCGUACAUCCACCAGCGUUACAUUUUGCACAGGGACCUGAAGCCCCAAAACCUUCUGAUCAGUGACACUGGGGAGUUGAAGCUGGCAGAUUUUGGACUUGCACGAGCCAAAUCUGUUCCGAGUCAUACAUAUUCUAAUGAAGUGGUAACGCUGUGGUACAGGCCUCCAGAUGUUCUCUUGGGCUCAACAGAGUAUUCUACCUGCCUUGAUAUGUGGGGAGUCGGUUGUAUCUUUGUAGAAAUGAUUCAAGGUGUUGCUGCUUUCCCAGGAAUGAAAGAUAUUCAAGAUCAACUUGAAAGAAUAUUUUUGGUACUUGGGACCCCAAAUGAAGAUACCUGGCCUGGAGUUCAUUCUCUACCCCAUUUUAAGCCUGACCGCUUUACGCAGUACAGUGCUAAAAACCUCAGGCAAGCCUGGAAUAAGCUAAGCUAUGUGAACCAUGCAGAGGAUCUGGCCUCCAAAUUACUCCAGUGUUUCCCAAAGAACAGAUUGUCAGCCCUGGCAGCUCUCAGCCAUGAGUAUUUCAGUGAUCUGCCCCCACGGCUAUGGGAGCUAACUGACAUGUCCUCUAUAUUUUCUGUACCGAAUGUAAGAUUACAACCAGAGGCUGGAGAAAGCAUGAAAGUCUUUGGAAAAAACAAUAUUUAUGGCAAAGGUUUAUCAAAUGUUAAGCACUGAGAAGUGAGAAGCAUUUUGGUGCCCACGCAUAAUUCAGGAAUUAAGACCACCAGAUUACAGGAGAGGAACCAAAUGUAACAAGAGAGCCAACACUAUGAGGACAGCAUGGCCCUGCUUCUCUUUGGCAAUGGUGGAUUUAAAUCACAAGAAAAACUAUACUGGCAAGACCCUGUCUCUCCCUCCCUCCCCCAACAAUUUAUUCAAAACCUUGCACGCAUUUGGAUCCCUUGUGAUUUCUGAGAUCUUCAUGAAGAUUCAGCUUCUGCUUACUGACAUAUAGCAUGUUCUUUUCUUUCAUCCUUUGUGUUUGAUUUUAUUUGAAUUUUCCACUACAGCACAACAUCCUUGUACAGAUUUUUAUGCUUUCACCAGCAAAGUCUUAAAUGCAUUAAGACACACAUUUGGUGUUUGCACUUCCUGGUAAUGUCUGUACAUAAAGGGCCAGUCAUGGCAAAAAUCAGUUUCUGUAUUCAUUGAGAGGCUCCAUAUAUUUUGUAAUUUGUCUGAAGGAUAUAUUCAAUCAGAAUGAAAGUUUUCAGGGUGAUUGAGACACAAUCAAUAUCUUGUAACUACAUCCUUGCAUUACCACUUGGAAAUUAUGCUGUUCCUUUUAGUUGGAGACUUGGAAUUUGAGUAGUACUCUGCUUCCGUUUCAAUGCAGUUUUCAAGCAUACUGAAGCAGAAAUCAAAUGAGACUUCCAGUGAUGGGGGUGGGUAUAUAUAUAAUACUACUAAAUCAAAUAUUCUCACUCCUUUUUAGAACAAGGGGCGUUUGCAGCUUUUGUGGUUCUUGAUUCCAUUUUUACUUUUCCAUAUAGUUCAGUUAAAAAUAUUUUCCCAAAAGGAAAACAGAAAAGUAUGAAGGAGAAUUCGUUUACAAUAUGAUAAGCACUAUGGUGUAGAAACUUUAGUUGCUAAAUGAGCCAUUUUAGGGGGGGAGGGGAACUAGUUUUGUUGAGUCAUCCAAAUUCCAAAUCGUAGCUCUUCCAAACCAAAGCAUCAUUCCAGUUAUUUUUCUAAGAUGAUCCAAGAUGAUUAGGAAAAGCCUUUCACUACCAUAUCCUCGGAUGAGUUAUUUCACAAGUAUUGUUCAAACUUAAAAAAUAAAUGCCCUUGUGAAUUUUUAAGUUUAAGUGAAGUUUUGUCAGAGAGGGGGAGAUGAAGCUUACGGGAAUUUGAAGGACUAUGGCUGCUAUUCUGUGCCAAACACCAUUGGAGAUUGGUACAAAUCCAAAAAAUAAAUUAGACUUGAUAAAUUUGGGGUGGUAAGGAGUGUUUUUCAGACAUUAUACUCAACACAGGAUAACUACCUUGCGUCCUUAUGAUAUCCGUUACCUAAACGCCAUUUAUUUUUAUAACACAUUUAAUGCAUUGUUAGAAAAAUUUUAAAGGAUGGGGCUUGUUGUAUAAUUUCUUGCAUAAGCUGGUGGCAUCAUACUAUUUGGAACAGAAUAAAUAAAUAAAUGGCUAACUGAUUCUGCAGAAAGCUUUUUUUAAGGGGAACAAUGUUAAAUAUUCUGUACAUUCAAUAUGCAAAGUAAGCAGUAAAAUUGUUCUAAAUGGCUCCAUAGACAUUAAAAUGCUUACCUAAGCACAACUUCCAAAAUGGUGUUUCAGCAUCUCAAACUUAUUUGUUAUUUUUUCAAAUUUUGUAUCACCAAAUCGAAUUGCAUAUUCAAACAUAACACAAAUGCCUUAACUAUUAUUUGCUUUGAGUUUUGUAUGCAACCAUUUGUAUGUGAUCUCCUUUGUCACAUUAGAAGUAUAUGCCAUUUAGAUAUUUCAGGAUGAGGCUUGCUUUUUAAAAAAAAGUCAUAGUGUUUGUGAAGAUGUGAGGAAUUUUUGAGAAUAGAACAAGUCAGGAAAAUGAGGGUAUGUUCUUAGAUGUAAAUCUUGUACUUUGGCAGCUUAAACAGUUACACUCUUUGUUGAAAGAUCUGAUGGUUUAUUUAGAGAAUAGUUCCACUGAAGUACUCUCUUCCAUAGGCUAAAUAUCUUGUACCUUACUAUCCACAAUAAAUCAAAAGUCCACUGCUACUGUAUAGGAUGCUUUGAGUGUAUGCACAUUAUGUAUGCUUUCAAUGCUCCCUUUAAAAAAAGCCAUUAAAGCCUUUGAACAUAACAUUCAAAAUCUGUGCAUCAGUUCCCAGUCCAACCAUUUCAUUUACUUUUGAACUGAUUUCCCAUGAAGUAUCAGAAGUUGUGUAAGAACUUAAAAUCUACACAAUUUCCCAAGAAGGAACCAUUGUCCAUUUCUGUUUCUGGAUCUUUCCAGCAGAAUCUCUCUGGAUUUUCCAUUCUGAUUAUGUUUUCUAUUUGCAUACUCACAAAAAUCAUUCCAAGUACAUAAGGGGGAAGAUAUUACAUUGAACAGAGAGCAUAUAUUUAUAUACUUAAAAGAGUUUUUUAAGGUGCAGAGAUUCCAACAAUGUCAUAUAUUUAAGGCAAGUAACUGUAAGAAACUUAAGAUUUCUAAAUUUCAUAAUGCUGGAAAGGUGGGAUGGAGAACCAGUGCGUUAUAAUUAUCCCUCAAAUUUGCAACUUUUCAAAUAAUUUUACAAUACCCUGGGUUUUUUUUUAUAACAUAGUCCAUAAAGACCUUGAAAUAUUUCCCAGCAUACUGGAUUUUUCUAAAUGAGUGCUUUUCCUCUUCCCUUCAUGUAAUAUCUGAAUCUGUUCUGAUAUUUUCAAGAUGUCAACAAGAAUAAAAGACUUGAGAAAAGGGCUUUUUCCAGGUACUUGAAAGAAACCAUUCUCAUUUUUAGUUUCUCAGUCAAUUGUCAUGGCCUGCUUCAUAUUACUGAAAUAAGAACAUUGCUGCUUUCCCAUGGCUAGACCUCAUACCUUUCCAGUAACAUGUGGAACAUAAAUCACUUUGGAUGUUACUAGUCCUACAUAAUCUUCUUAUUCCACAUGAUUCUGUGCUUCAAAUAUUAUUAGAGUAGUAGAAGAACAGUGUCAGGGUGAGGAAGCGGCAACCAUGCUUCCCUAUUAGCAUAGGAAUUGGACCAGUGUGGUUGGCAUUAUAUGUGAGAGAGUUUUCCUGUUCCUACCAGCUCCCUUAAAGAUGCCCCUUCUUGUUUUACUGGUUUUAUCAGCCCUGAAGCUGUCGGAAGAGAGAAAUGACAAUGAAAGGUAAGAUAGAUUCUAGUCAAUGAAGAGGAAAAUGGAGAGGAAAGCUAGGAAGAUAGGAAUUGCUUUUAGAUAUCGUUCCUGUAACCCAAACUAACAAGACAGUUUGCUUCCAUUGUUGCCUUCUUUAAAGGGGGAGUCUAAUAAAUACACAGCACUUCAGCAUUGUAUAAUAUUGGCACUAUUUCUCUACAUUGUGUUCUCAGAAGUAUUUUAUUGAAGCACAGGAAACAUUAAUAACCAGUGACUGGAGAGCUUGGGGUUGGGAAGUCUUCCUUUCAGUGCAUAGGAGGAACUUGACAGAGGUCUCCUAUUUAUUCUAGUAUAAGUUAUGAAAAUGCCUCUCAGCAGUGCAGUGAGGACAAUAGAUGUCUUCAUUUUGCACUGCACCCAAUUGAAUGUGUGGUGGAUAUAGAGGGUAUGUUCAUACAAAAAAAAAUCUGUGAAUUUGUAACCUAAUGUAGUAAAUGGCAUUGAUGCUGAACUGAAUGACGUUUCAUAUAAAUUAAAUUAUGUUUUGUUAUUCACCAUAACCAUGCCUCCUCUCUUGGCAUAAAGGUACGGAGGUAAUUGUAUGUGCUGUUGCCUUGCAAUAUUCUUAGCAAGGAUUGAAUAGAUGCACUAAAAAUUCCCUAAUCGUCUCCCUUUCCGCCCCCCAAAAUGGCACUUCUGCAGUGCUAUAUACAAAAUCUUCCCUUACUAGGUUUUUUAAUAGUAAAAAAGUCCAGUAGCAUCUUUAAGACUAACCAACUUU